AUUUUUACGUAUCUCUCAACAGAUGUACUUAUCCAAGAAGUUUCAGAUGUACAAUUAUGGAAGCGCUAGCGAAAACAUGGAGCACUAUGGACAGGACACUCCGCCAGUAUACAAUGUAACCGCAAUGACUGUCCCUGUGGCGCUGUACUGGGCGCAGAAUGACUGGCUAGCUGACCCUGAAGAUGUCCGGGCCCUGCUUCCUCUGCUGCCGAACAGGAUGUACGACAAGUAUAUCAAGAAUUGGGAUCAUAUGGACUUCAUCUGGGGGCUGGACGCUGCUAAACUAGUUUACUAUGACAUCAUUAAGCACAUUAAGACACAAAUGUAAUCAGCAAUUAGAUUAUUCGCUCUCGAUUUCUAUCGCGUAAUAGUUGACGAGGGCGCAACCUGAGUCAGCUAUCACGUG